UUAUUUAAUUAUUUACUUGUUAUUUAAUAUAAAUCUUUGUAUGAUUUAAAACAUUUCUAUAGCAUUGAAUCGCCGUUCUUUUGUCGUAGAAUACACUAAAAAACUAGUAAUUUUUUUAUUCUGUCAAUAUUUAAAAAUUUAUAAUAAAAUUUAAAAUACGAAAUUCUAUAAAAUACAUGGACUUGGUCUGUAGAUGUAUAUUUCGUCUAUGUUUGAGCACAGAAGAAAAAAGUACAAUGAAUUAUCAAUCUAUAUUUUUUUCUGAGUUAUAAUUAAGUGCUGUCUGUGAUAUUAAGAUUUCAAUCUAUAUAAUAGGCAAAGAGUUUCAAAGAAAGCUAUUAAAUAGCUUGAGAAAAAAACUAUAAAUAUAUUGAAUUAACAUUUUUUUACAAUGAAUGAAAAAAUUGUUCCAACUAUAGUAUUUCAUCCUAUUAUUUCUUCAAUACAAAAAAUUGCACUUUAUGAAACAAAAUCUAGAUUUUAUUUAAUGGGAUCAAAUAAUACUUUAACACGUUUUCGUGUAUUAAAGAUAGACCGUAUGGAACCAAAAGAUUUAGUUGUUGUAGAUGAUAAAAGGGAGUAUACUCAAGAUGAAAUAAAGGAUCUUGUAAAUAUGAUAGAUAUAGGUAAUCGUACACGUACUGGACAAAGAAAUAAUACUGGAGGAGUUGCCAAAAUUGUUUCAGCUUUUGGAAUUGUUGGCAGCAACAUUCAUAAAGAAUCCGUAUCUGAUAAUGGUGUAUCAGAGGAAUCUGAACACCAAGAAUAUCAUAAACCAUUGCACAAACCAACUCAAACUAAAUUCACCUGGAAAACAAUGUGGCAGAGAGAAACUUUCCCUCGACUAGUACCAGCUUUUGGUCUUCUUGGCUUUGUACGUUUCUUGGAAGGAUAUUAUAUAAUUCUGGUUACUAAACGACGCAAAGUGGCUGUAAUUGGUCAUCAUACGAUAUAUAAAAUAGAAGACACUUCAAUGAUUUAUAUCCCAAAUGAUACUAUUCGUGUUUUUCACCCUGACGAGCAAAGAUAUGUAAAGAUGUUUCAAAGCAUAGAUCUUAGUAGUAACUUUUAUUUUAGUUACUCUUAUGAUUUAACACAUACUUUACAAAAUAAUAUGACUGCACCAACGCAUAUUAAACCUGAUAUUUUUAAUACAAAUAACAAGGACUCAAAUCAAACAGAAAAUAGUGAUAUUGAAGAUGCAGAGAACUUUUUUAAUAUGUGGGCCUCUAAAAAAGAUUAUUGGAAUAAUAGUGGAAUAGAAAAAUAUGUUGAUUAUGGCGUACGAAGUAAUCCACAUCGCCGAUUUGUAUGGAAUUCGCAUUUAUUGAAACCAGUAGAAAGAGACUUGCAUCGUGACUGGAUUUUAUAUGUUACGCAUGGUUUUAUUGGUCAAUCAAAUGUCAGUAUUUUUGGAAGAUCUAUUUAUAUAAUCAUCAUAGCUAGAAGGAGCAAUAAAUAUGCAGGUACCAGAUUUUUAAAACGUGGAGCAAAUUUUGACGGAGAUGUUGCAAAUGAAGUAGAAACAGAACAAAUUGUACAUGAUUCUGGAGUGAGUUCUUUAAGUAAAGGCCGUUUUAGUUCUUUUGUACAAAUGCGUGGAUCAGUUCCUGGACAUUGGAGUCAAGAUGUUAGUAAAAUGGUUCCAAAACCUACCAUCACUUGUGAUUUAGCUGAUCCUUAUGUAGAAACAGCAGGUGCACAUUUUAAUCAGCUUUUGAGAAGAUACGGUUCUCCAAUUAUAAUUCUUAAUCUUGUUAAAAAACGUGAAAAAAAGAAACAUGAAAGUACAUUAAGUGAGGAAUUGUGCAUGGCUGUUAAAUAUUUAAACCAAUUUUUAUCUCCAGAACAUCACAUUCAAUAUAUAAGUUUUGAUAUGGCUCGAAUGAACAAAAGAAAAAAGUUCAAUGUUAUGGCACGAUUGGCAAAUAUAGCACAUAAUGCAGUUUUGAAAACUGGCAUUUUUCAAUCACAAAAUCCGUAUUACAGUCAAAAAAAUUUAUUUUCUCCUCAAUCUAAUUACAAUAAAAAGUCUCACAAAAAUUCAAACAUUUCCUCAUUCAAUACAUCUGGCACUUACAAUUGUACAAAUAUUUCAGCUGAAUUCAAUUUUAGUAUUAAUUCUAAAUUUGCUACAGAAAAUAAACAUAAUGAAUUACAUUAUAUAGAAAAUAAAGUAAGAAAAUGCUUUGGUAAAAGGGGUACAUUACAAACUGGUAUUAUUAGAACAAAUUGCGUUGAUUGUUUAGAUCGUACGAAUACAGCACAAUUUGCAAUAGGAAAAUGUGCUUUGGGAUUUCAGUUGUGUGCUUUAGGAGUAUUAGAAUCUCCUAAAUUAGAAUUUGAUUCUGACUGUGUCAGAAUGUUAGAAGAAUUAUACGAAGAUCAUGGCGAUACAUUAGCAUUACAAUAUGGUGGCUCUCAAUUGGUGCACAGAAUAAAAACCUAUAGAAAAACUGCACCAUGGACAAGUCAGGGCAAUGAUAUUAUGCAAACUCUUAGUAGAUAUUAUAGCAACACAUUUAGUGAUCAAGAAAAGCAACAUACAAUUAAUUUAUUUUUAGGCUUAUUUAUACCUGAAGAAGGGAAACCUCCAAUUUGGGAGCUCCUAACAGAUUAUUAUCUGCAUCAUAAACCUGCUUGUCACUAUUCUCGCAGAGUAAAACCUUUAACACAAUGGUGGGAUACUACUGUAUUAAGAUGUCUUCCAUACGCGUUAAAUGAGGUAACAAAAACGUGUUCAGAAAUAAUACAAGUUGAGAACUCGACAGAAGAGAUGAUUGAUGUUUAUUAUGAUUAUCAUAGGCCAUACGAAUUGUCCUUACUUUCCGAAGUUUAUGCGUAUAAAAUUAGUCAUUCUGUUAGAGAUUUUAUGCCGCAUUUUACAACUAGUUUCAGUCCAUUUGCAGUACGAAUACGCCCAGGUAGAAGAAGAGAAGAAACUGGUAAUAAAAAUCUUAAUAUGAAAAAUCCUUCAAUGACUGGGCAAAGUAGUACCAGUAGCACAACAUCUAGUGCAAGCUCUAGCGAUGAUUCAAGUUCUGACGAAUAUGAAAAUCAUCAGCAUACUAAUGAUUCUCAAUUGGAAAUGUCAAAAGAAAGAUCAGAAUUCACAUCUUUUGAAUCGUUGUUUCCAUCUAUGAGAGAAGUAUAUGGUACUCAACCUCAAUACCCUAACAGGAAUGAUGUUAUAUUAUACAAAAGAUUUGCGCUGAUUGGGCGUAAUGCAACAUAUCCUUCAGAGUACACAAAAUUACAUCUAAAAUUAACUCGACAGAUGUCAUUCCCUGAAGUUCCAACUAUUAUAGUUCAAAUACCAACAGUAAAAAAAUCCAGCAUAAAUAUAUACGAGCAAUAUGUUAAAAGAGCAGAGGUAGGUGGUUCUGUACCAAACUCUAAUGAUAUUAACUUAUAUGAAAAUUAUACAAAACAGCAACAAUUACAAAGGAGAUUGAUACAUUCAAAUUAAAUUUGUUUUUAUGAUAAAAUUUAUUUUGUUUUUGUAAAUCUAUCCAUAUCCAUCCAUAUCCAUGUAAAUUAAUAUAUAAUAAAAUAUCCAUCCAUAUAAAUGAAUAUAUAAUAAAAUAUGAAUUAUAUCCACAUAAAUUAUCGAAUAAUAAAAUAUCAAAAAAAAUUUAGUUACUUUAUGAGUGUUUUAUUAAAACCAUUUUUUAGGGAUACAUGUAUUUGCAAAUUGAGCAAAUUAAAUAUAUAGUCUACUUUAGCUUCUUUUUUGGUCGAAUAUUAUUCGUGUGGCCACAUUUCUUUUUACGACAAUUGGUUGCACGUGGAUGAAGACGGGCAUAACACUUUCUACAAAUCAUUUUAUCACAAUUGUACUUUUGUGCAAGAAUACGUAAAGUAGGUUCUAUGACACCACCACGAAGUCGAAGAACGAGAUGCAAGUUAUACGAUACCUUUCUGGAUAUUAUAAUCUGACAAAGUACGUCCAUCUUCCAACUGUUUUCCAGCAAAAAUAAGUCGCUGUUGAUCAGGUGGAAUUCCUUCUUUAUCCUGGAUUUUAGCUUUCACAUUUUCAAUAGUGUCUGAAGCUUCUACUUCAAGAGUGAUGGUUUUACCCGUCAAAGUUUUCACAAAUAUCUGCAUUAUGGUGUACCUAAAGGAAAUAAAAGAAAUAAAUAUUAUAUUUUCAGUAUAAAAGAAAUUAAAUCUGAAUAUCUGAUCAAAAUCCAGACACGUUACAAUAUCUACUUAGUAAAAUGGUUAAGUUUGACAACUAAUUUUUUACGUUCUCUCAAUUUCUUUGGUAUCUAUUAUUUUUUUUUAUUAUCAAAUUUACUAAAAUAUGUAAAAGUGACUAGAAAAUUUCACAACAGACAUUUCGUUUAUAAACGUGUAUUCUAGCAACGUAUCGUGUCGCAGUUGUUUCUGAAACCCUUUUGUUUAAUUGUUUCAUUAUACAAUAUUAUUCGUUAUUAAAUAUUACUAAUUGAAUUUAAAACCGAUUUGUAUUAUUAUAAGAACAUUUUACAAUAUAAAAAUUUUAAACAAUAUCGAACUCUUACCGAAUAGAAAAGCGUGCUUAGCGAAAAUAACCUAAAAGGAUCUUACGAUGGCACCACUGUAACUUCCGUUCAUAUGAGAAUCGAUUAUAUUAGCCCUCUU